CAAUCCAAUUUACCUCAUGCCACUCUACCGUCUUCUUGAACGCUAUUCUUCACUUUUAGUUUACUUUUAACUGAAUUAGUUUUAAUUUGUUCUGUAUGUAGUUUGUGGAAAAUAUCGAGAUUUGCAUGCUUGUGUAGAGGAAUUAGCAUCCUGAUCUAUCAGCAAUAAUUAGCACCCCAUUAAUAUAAUUUCUCUCCAGUAAUGUCUGCUUCUGCCUCUUCUUCUUCUUCCUCCCAUGUUGCUGGGGCGAAAUAUGAUGUAUUCAUUAGCUUUAGAGGUUCAGACAUCAGAUAUGGUUUCCUUAGCCAUUUGAAAAGGGAGCUGCGUCGAAAGCAAAUAAAUGUCUAUGUCGAUGAGAUGCUCCAGAGUAGAGAUGAAAUAUCAUUAGCACUUGUUAAAGCAAUAGAAGGAUCAACCAUUUCUUUGGUGGUAUUCUCAAAAGACUAUGCUUAUUCCAACUGGUGCUUGCAGGAGCUUGUCAAAAUCAUGGAGUGCCAUGAAGUCAAUAAACAGAUUGUAAUACCAGUUUUCUACUUUGUAGAUCCAUCAGAUGUUAGGUAUCAAAAAGGCAUUUAUGCAGAUGCUUUUGCUAGACAUGAAUACAAGUUCAAGGAUGACAUGGAGAAGCUUCAGCUUUGGAGAUCUGUCUUGAACCAAACUGCCAACUUAUCUGGCUAUCAUUCAUCAAAUUUCCGAAACGAAUCUGAAUUCAUUGACAAAAUAAUCGAAGAUGUAUUGAAAAAGUUGCAAGACAAAGAAUCAAUUGAGCCAAAACGUCUUGUUGGAUUUGAAGAAAAUUUGGCAAGUGUUGAAUCAUUUAUGAAAGUUGACUCACAAGAAGUUCAAAUUCUUGGAAUUUGGGGUAUGGGAGGCAUAGGUAAAACAACACUUGCUCGUGCUGUAUUUGAAAAAUUUUCCCCUCAAUUUGAAUGUUAUUUCUUUGCAGAAAAUGUGAGAGAAGAAUCACGAAAAACUAACGGAUUAGCUUCUUUGCUUAAAAUAAUUCUUUCUGCACUACUAAAUGAAGAAAAUAUUAUGAAAGGUGGACCCAGCUUGGUAACUAAGAGAAGGCUACCUAGAAAAAGAGUUCUUUUAGUGCUUGAUGAUGCGGACACUCCCAACCAUUUACAGUAUCUGAUUGGAGAUAAUCUACACUUGGGAUUAGGUAGCAAAGUUAUAAUAACAAGUAGAGACAGGCAUGUUCUUAUUAGUGGAGGGGUUCAUGAAAUACAUGAAGUCAAAGAAUUGAACCUGGAAGAAUCACUUCAACUUUUCUGUUUGCAUGCUUUCAAGCAAGGCCUUCCCAAAACUGGAUAUGAGGAGUUAUCUGCACAGGCAAUUGAAUAUGCUAAAGGCAUUCCUUUAGCAUUAAAAGUUUUGGGUUCAUAUCUGAAUUCUAGAAAGAGAAGAACGUGGAAAAGUGCUCUGAAAAAAUUCCAACAGUAUCCCAAUGCAGAAAUUCAAGAUGUGCUGAAGGUGAGUUAUAAUGGACUAGACAAAGUAGAAAAGAGCAUAUUUUUGGACAUUGCAUUCUUCUUCAGAGGAGUACAAAAAGAUGAUAUUGUAAGGGUGCUAGAUGCUAGCGACUUCUACACAGAUUGUGGAAUAGAUAAUCUGCUAGAUAAAUCUCUCAUAACUAUUUCAAGAGACAAUGUAAUAGAAAUGCAUGAUUUGCUGCUAGAAAUGGCUAAAGAAAUAGUUCGUGAAGAAUCUACAGAACAACCUGAAAGGCGAAGUCGACUAAAUGAUGCAACAGAAAUUUGUGAUGUUUUAGAAAAUAGCACGGGAUCUGAUGUGAUUGAAGGCAUUAUCUUACACCUCCAUCAAAUCAAAGAGUUGCACAUCAGCGCUGAUUCUUUUAAAAAAAUGGGUAAUCUAAGAUUUUUGAAGAUAUAUUUUUCUUGGGCCAAUGAGAGAUAUAAAGUGAAUCUUCCUUUUGGUUUGGAGGCACUUUCUAGUAGGCUGAGGUACUUUUGUUGGGAAGGAUAUCCUUUGGAAUCUCUGCCAUUGGGUUUUUCUCCUGCAAAACUUGUUGAGAUUCAUAUGCAAUAUAGCCAAGUUAAAAAACUAUGGGAUGGUGUGCAGGAUCUGGCGAAUUUGAAGAUAAUAGAUAUGUCUUCUUCUUACCACUUGAUGGAAGUUCCUGAUUUUUCCAUGGCAUGUAAUCUUGAAAUAGUAAACCUCUCGUCCUGUUUUAGAUUGGGUAGUGUCCAUCCAUCCAUCCUAUCUCUCCAUGGACUUGUUUCUUUGGAUCUAAGCAGCUGCCACGAAAUAAAGAGUUUUUACAGCAAGAAUCAUUUGAAAUCUCUCAAGUAUCUCCACCUGAAAUGCUGUGGUCGUCUCAAGGAAUUUUUGUUAUCAUCAAAUGAAAUGGCGGUUUUGAAUUUACAAGCUACUGAUAUCGAAACAUUGAACUUGCCAAUUGGGAGGUUCAAUAAACUUGAAGAGCUAUAUCUAGGUGGGGCUCUAAGGAGUUUUCAAAUUAAAGAGCUCCGUUGCUUGUCAUCUCUUAAGAUAUUUUCUCUUUUUCAUUUUAGAAGAGGAAUUGACAAAAUGACACUACAAAUCCUGUUUGAUGCCUUGCGUUCUUUGGAAGAAUUAUCUUUGACAGAUUGUGAGUUGUCUGAAAUUCCCGAGAAUAUUUGUGCCUUAUCAUCGUUGAAGAUUCUUUCACUAGAAGGAAACAGUAUGAAGAGUUUGCCUACAAGCAUCAAGCACCUUUCUGAGCUUAAAAAAAUUUAUUUGAGCCGAUGCAAUAGGCUUAGGUCCUUACCAGAAUUCUCACCUUCAAUCACUCAUUUUUAUGUCGAUGAAUGCAAAUCGUUGAAGACCACCGAUUUCUUCAGGUUCAGGCGGACAACUUUAAAGCUUGAUCACGAUAAAGAAGAGCAAUGGUUCUUUUCAUGUCAGAAUUCUGUGAGACUGGGAUCGGAUAAGCGUGAUAUUACGGAAUUUACCCAAUUCUCACUGAUGCGAGCAAUGUAUAACAAUUUUUCUGAUGCUAGGGUUUGUUACCCCGGAAGCACAAUUCCAAAGUGGUUUAGAUAUACUCAGACGAGGAAGACUUCCAUUGCUAUUGAACUUGAACCUGCUUGUUCUGACCAAUUAUUGGGUCUUGUUUGUUGCUGUGUUCUUCAUCCAUUGGACUCACCGGACGGCUCAUCAAUAUAUUGGAAAUUCCAGUUCGAAGAAGAUGAGAUCAAUUAUGGGCUCGGGAAGGUGUUCCCGUUCCUCAAGAAAUUGAAUAUGGAUCAUGUUUUUCUGUGGUAUGAUCCAUGGGAACGCAUAUUAAAGGAAACUCGAAGGAGAGGAUAUGAUCAGGGGACCCCUUCUAAGUUUGUUUCUGAGUUCUGCACUGGAGAUGCAUUUGAUCCCAGGACUUUCAGUUAUGACUUGAUAAAAGCUUCUGGAAUUUGCCCUAUAUAUGCCUCGGAAUUACACAGGAUGGUUCAACAAAUGGAAUCAGAGCUGGACAAGGGCACAAGCACAACAACAAAGCGAUCUCAUAGUUUUGAUGAUUUACUGCCCAACACUAUUGGAGCUGGUGUUGGAGGCUCCUUUUUCGAGAACCAAGACCUGCAAAAAUUUGUACGCAUGAUGAAACAGAAGCACUUGAGAGCAAUGCAGUUUCUAUAAAAGUGGUACAUUACAUGAAAAAGAGGCUCCCCUGCUGAAACAUGCCAAUGGUAUCCUUCUCUAAUUUCAUACGAGCAAUGAAUAAAUAUUAUCAUGCUUUAAGAAAUAAUAUCAUACUGUAUUUUGAAUGGAGUGAAUACUCUAUCAUUUGUCUAAUUCUCUUUAUACGCAAUAAUCUCAUUCUUUUUACCAAAAAUUAGAGUCUAAUUUUUUUUUUUUCGCUUGUUUCUAUGAGCGGGUUUCUGUUCAGAGAACUUUGAAUGUUGUAUCUCCAACUGCUAUGAGCAAUAAUCUCAUUCUUUUUACCAAAAAUUAUAUCUUUGAAGGGGAGAUCCCUUGUUUUGGUUUCUUGAGAUUGCUUCCACACUCCACAAAUUGAUCUCGAGCCUUCUAAAAGUCCGAAGGGUAUAUUCCUAGUUUAGAACAGAAACCCGCAUUCCAGUUAGCUUGUGUUUCAUCCUCUUCUAAUACAAGAAAAUGUACAGGGUAGUAAGCUAUUGUUUUGGUGGACCUCAAUGUGUUUCAGACUCAGUUUCUGCAAUAACCUUUUGAAGAGUGAUUAUGUAUUAUUCCAGUUGAGUGGUUAAUCAUCUGCACUUAAGCUCAGUUCUUUUAUAUCUUCUUUAAAUUUCUUCUUAGUAAUUAUAUAAUGUGGUCACGUAAAUGUCUUCUUACUUAACAUG